UCUCAAAACGCCACGUUUUCCGGUUUCACUCCUCCAUUUCGUUUCCGGCCUUUAAACCCUAGAGAAGCGCAUUUGUGUCGACAAAUUGUCAGCUGCGGAACAUAUAAUAAAAUGGAAAACGACGCCGGUGAAUUCGUUGACUUGUACUGCCCGAGGAAGUGCUCGGCCAGCAACAGGAUCAUCCACGCCAAGGAUCACGCCUCCAUCCAGUUGGAGAUUGUUGAUGUCGACCCCACCACCGGCCUCAUGCUAGACACCUCCAAGAUGUACGCCAUCUCUGGAGAAAUCAGACGAAUGGGUGAAUCUGAUGACUGCAUCAUCCGUCUUGCCAAGAAGGAUGGUGUUGUUGCCAAGAACUACUAAAGGACUCUAGUUAUUUUUCAUUUAAUAAAAAAAAUAAAAACUCAAA